UGAGGAGUCCGGCAGGCUUCUUGUCAAUAGCCAAGUAGAGCCGGCUGAGGGCCCAACCUUCUGUAGCACCUGCAGCUUCAGACACCUCCCGCGCUCGCUCUCUUUCUCGCCUGUAUUGGAGAUUGAACUCAGGGCCUUGGGAUGCAGAAAAGCCCUCUGUCUACCACUGAGAGCCUCUUUGAGAUACUCCCGUUAGGUUUCCAGGCUGGCUUCCAACUCCCUCUGUCGCUCAGCCAGGCUUUGAACUUGAGAUCCCGCCCCUUCCCAGUGGCUUACAGGUCCUUGUCACUGGGCCAGGCCCCAGAUCUUCUUUGAAGCGCUCCGUGAUACUUGCAAUGUCUCCAGUACUCUGCAGUACGGAAGUAACUCACUUAACUUCGUUACACUGAAUCCCAGGCAGUAUCGAAUGCUCUGGGGAGAACAUUCUGGACAGGCACUUAGAGCCACUCAGCAUACCUUGAAGAAGGUUGGUUUAUUCUGCCACUAGAGGGGAGAUCUUGGGCCCAGAGAGUUUAAUCUCCCUUCACCGGGUCAGUUCUGCUGACUCCACUAAUCAGCUUGAACCUCCUAAUCCAUCCCCAGGAACUUCAGGAAACACAGCGGGUGGCUUGGGAGAGGUGGCCGGGGCCAUUGUGGCCCCUCACCUGUGGCCUUCUUCCGGCAGAGUUGGUGUUCAGGGGGGAUGGGGCAGCUGAGCCAUGUGCACCACCCUCUUCCUGCUCAGCUUGGCCAUGCUGUGGCGCCGCAGAUUCACCAACCGGGUGGAACCAGAGCCCAGCAGAGAGGAUGGGGCGGUUGUGGGACGCAGCUCGGACACCGACCUUCAGUCUUCCAGCAGGGAGAAAGAACCUGUGGGGUAGGCCCUCGCUUCUUCAGGCAGCUCAGCUCUGGGGACUGUGACCCAGUGGCCCAGACAGCUGGAGUCCUGCUUCACCCCCUAUCCCAGGAGGAUGUUGUAGGGCCAGAGGCAGCGUCAGGAGGGAUAACAGAAGAAGUCAUGGAGAAGCAUGCAAUGGGAGGCCACGACGCACGAACAGCAGAGGCUCUGGGAGCGAUGCAGCCGUGUUAGCCGCCUUCCCUGCUCUGCUGCUCAGGACCACGGGAAGAUCCCAGUGAGGAAGCCUAGUUCUGCUGGCUCAGCUCUGCCGACUCGAAUGACCUUUUGUUCUCUAGACCUCAGUUUCCCCACACAGUAAACAUGUUCAUUCUGCAUGGCUUGGUGCUGAGAUAUGAACACCUGAUGACCGCCUGAGGAAACAGGCUGGCGAGAAAAAUGAAGGGACGUGGCAGACGCUCUCCAGGGGCCCCGUGGAUUAUCCCCAGCAAGACAGCCUGUGAUGGACAAAGAUGUGCCUACAUGGUGAACAUCUGUGUGGUGUCCGUGUGCCAGGAUACAGAGACAGACUCAGGGCACUUGUUAAAUCCAACCAGAAACUGGACAAGAUCUAAGAAACAGACGCGAUGGUGGGUGGCACACAGGACAGCGGCCCCAGGACUGUUUCAGCCUCUUGUCUGGUGCUCAGGGAAGGGAAACCAGAAGGUGAAGAGACAGUGGGACAUCUGUGGUGGCACACUGAAACAGAAGCAGCAGUGACAACUCAACAGGACACAGAAAACACAAGAGAAAAACCGACUGCACUUGAAUGGGCGUGGACUGACACACAGGUGAAGAUGGACGGGAACACGGGUCAAACAGGUGUCUGAAGACAAAGGGCUGGGGUGUGGCUCCGCAGUGGGGUGCUGGUCCAGCGUGUACAAAGCCUUGGGCUCGGGUCUCAGCACCACAUACAACUAAUAAACAAACUCCCAAAACUGGGCGCCGUGGUGCACCUGGGAGGCGGAGUCAGGUGUAUCCCUGUGAGUCUGAGACCAGCCUGGUCUACAGAGUGAGCUUCGGGCCAGUCAGGGCUAAACAGUGAGACAAAUGUCUGUGUCAAAAACAAAUGAAAGUCUGAGACUCGUGUCUGGAAUA